CCCCUUCUUUGUCCAUAAAUUGUACACGCACAUUUUCAGUUUUACACACAUCAACAUUUGGAACUUGUGGGAACAGUUUAAGACAACAUCGUCAAAAUGAAAGGGAUUCUGUUUUUGACAGCUGUUGUGCUUAUUCACGCUCAGAUAAACCAUGCCUCCUUGAUCGUGAAAGGCCCUCCGAAGCCAAUUGUGGCAGGGGAUAAGGUGACCCUGGAAUGCUAUGACUCAGACUCGGCAGCUAACAUGAGCCAGGUCCAUUUUGAGAGAUCUUCCAAGUUCUCACAGGGAUGGUAUCGCCUGGAAAUGGAGAGGUCUUACUUGGGCCGCCUUUGCUCCUACCGCUACUUUGAGUUGACCCUUGAGGACGACCGUCUGCUCCUGACCACCUACGGCAUCCCGACCUACAUGGAGGGCCUUUACCGCUGCGUGUCGGACGACGACGCCCUCGGCUCGGACAACUCCUCCACCCCUCUGUCCGUCACUGUUCACUAUAUGCACGACCUGUCCUUCACCAGGGAAAGCCAUAAUGGUUACUACAACCGAUUCUUCAACUCAAUGCAGGACCUGCGUGUGCCACUAGGGAGCGAUGUGGAGGUGAACUGCUCCGCCACUGCGUCGGAGACCCCUGAGUACUUCUGGCAGAAGGAGGGCAGUGACUGGAUCCUGCCAUCUAAGACCCUGACACUGAGGGAAGUGACUCCUCAGGAUGAAGGCACCUACACCUGCACUGCCCAACACCCCAGCGUGGAGUCCCUCCGCCGGAGCCGCUCCUUCACCCUCACCGUCCUCGCAGAGGAUGCCUGCUGGUAUGAGUCUACCGACGGACGCAUCACCCUGACCGCGGCGGGCGCUGGCAUGGUGCUGUUGGUGUUGGUGGUCUUCAUGACGGCUUUCCUCUGCCGCAGAGCCAAGAUGAGGCAGACCAAGGGACCCAUCGAUGACCACUCCCAGACAAAGCCCAUCUACAAAGGGAGCAUGGAGUCUCUUCCCUCCACAACUGGAGACAACCAGCCUCUGGUGUGAGCAGAAGUAGGGUGCUGGAGCAGGCUGAAGGAUGAAGGAGAGGUGGAAAACACAGACAGGAAAUUGAUGGUUUAGUUACAAACGGGAAUGGGGGUGGAUGUUUGUGGGAAGACAGCACACGCUUCAAAUCAGAGCAUUCAUAAGGAUUUGUGAAAGCAAGUGAGACCUUUUUUUUUUCUUGUUGUUUUUUCCCUCCCUGUUUUAUCACAGAGCCUGUCUAAAUUCAAUAGGCCGGAGAGCUCUUCAACAGAAGGUGUGCAAUUUUCUCUAUAUUGAUUUCGCAGCUUGGAAAAUUGAGAUUCACACUUCUUAUCCCAGGCUGGGGGCUUCCUGGUGUUGCAUGUAUCCCCCCCUUCCUCUUCCUCUUCCUCUUCUACUCCUUAGUGGUAACCUUGAGCAGAAGGCCCUUCUUCAGUUGCUCCGGUGGUCUUGGGGGCUGUUCUGCGAUGAAAUGAUAUGUCUCCUUUGGAAAUCGCUCUGUCUGUUGAAAUUGAAUUCUCAAGUGGGUUGUACUUUUCUCUUUCAAUGGAAAUGAAUGCUGUACCUGAAAGCAGUGAGUUCUCAUCUGUUGCACUUAAAGUGAUGAAAAAAAACUGCGUCAGUGAUUCUAGAAGCACUUUGGCACUUUGCAUUAAAGACUUGUAUUUAAACUUAUGUACUUUUAUUGCUUUUAAUAGCAGGCAGGUUCAAUAAAAUAUAAUCACCCAA